CAGUUUGUGCCGAGGGUCCUCCGACUUAAGGGAGCGCAUGAACCCCGAAAUGCACCUCGAAAGUUAUUCUCAGAGCCGGCAACGGCAGACCAGGGACCGGCAGUAGCAUCAUCACUACUAGGGAACGAACAACUUCAGGCCAACAAAAACAGCCUCCUCGAGACGAAACCGACAAGCGAUGAGAAUCAGAAAGCCUCGGACAGUACGAAGGUUCGUGGGCCGAAGUUUACGGUCGCACCAGUUACCGAUGAAUACCUUGCCCAACUGGUCUGCGGUAUCGAGCUCCUCUUCACCGAUUAUGCCAUCCAAAGCGUCAAGGGGUCCAAGUGGCUGGAAAGUCGUUACUGGUCAGACGAUGAGACAGGGAAAGAGGACAAAUACAUUCAUAUCUCUGACUUUGUUGAACACCCUUAUGUCGACAGGUUGAGACCCAGACCCACCCAGGAUCUCAUUCGGCGUGCGCUACAAGAGAACCCUUCCGAAUACCUCGAAACAGCCAAGGAUGGAUCCCUUGUUCGACGCAAGCCCUCUACCUUUCCGGCCAAGUUCAUCCCAAAAGUCAUCCUCAAAGACGGCAUAGAUUUCUGGGAUGAACGGACGAUCUAUAUUGAACCACAUGAUCUGAUAUUGAUCAAGUGUCUUGCCAAGUUAGCGUGGUGGUUGAAGACACAAGUACUGCUUGGCCAGAAGUGGCUCCCAAUCCAGAACAUACGUCCUAUGUACAAGCGAUGCGCAUUCGUAGUGGUGAGCAGGAACGUAAGGCACGAUUACGUGUGGAGAGAGGUAAAGAUGCCCGACAGUUGGAAGGUCAUGUCCUGGGUGGAACACCAGAAACGAACGGAUGAAUAUUUAGAACUUCUAGCUAAGGAG